AUGAACAAUGCAGCCACCACGGGCAAGGCUGUCUACAUCCUCACCAACGACGAGUCAAAUGGUGUUCUUGCACUGCCAAUAGGCAACGACGGCACACUUUCCAAGGGUCAAGUUGCAAAGACUGGCGGUGCAGGAUCUAUCGCUGUGGAUGCAGAUGGUAACCCUGCCACACCUGACGCGCUGGUUGCUCAAUCCUCACUGACAAUCGCUGGCAAUAAAAUCUUCGCCGUCAAUGCUGGGUCAAACACUCUCAGCAUGUUGACUGUUUCGCGCAGUGACCCCACGAAACUCGAAAUGGUUGGAAAGCCAGUCGACGUACCCGGCGAGUUCCCCAACACCGUGGCUGCUUCCUCAAAGAACAAUGUCGUUUGUGUUGGUAUGACAGGUGCCAAAGCCGGCGUUUCCUGCAGCAGCUUUUCCAACAAAGGACUUAGCGCCAUGGACGAGCUACGCCCAUUCGACCUUCAACAGACUACACCACCCAAGGGACCUACAAACACUGUUUCGCAAGUUCUUUUCUCCGACGAUGAGAGUAUGCUAUUCACGAUGGUCAAGGGUGACCCUGCUGUGAACAACACUGGCUUCAUGGCCUCAUUCAACGUCGAGAACCACAACGGGGUAGUGGCUGUCAGCAAGAACGAGGCCCGAAGCUCACCCGAAGGAACAGCUGUGCUUUUCGGUUCACAGGUAAUUGCGGGCACUUCCAAGGUGUUUGUUACCGAUGCUUCAUUCGGUGCAGCAAUCCUAGAUAUCGACGCCAACACAUGCGAAGCAACAACGGUGGCUACUGGAGAAGUUGAGGGUCAGGCUGCGACAUGUUGGGUAGCUAUCUCUGAUGUCACAAAGACUGCAUUCGUCACAGACGUUGGCCGCAACCGAGUUGUGGAGAUGAGCCUUGAGGAUGCAAGCGUUGUGUCUGAGCUGGACUUGAUCUGCAAUGGCGAUCCUGGUCUAAUUGACUUGGCUGCCGCUGGCAACUUCAUCUACGCCCUGUCCCCUGGAAAUGGUACCACUGAGGCUGCUGUUACUGUGCUCGAUGUUUCUGGUGGUUCAGGCUCAGCAAAGAUGGUUCAGCAUUUUGAGUUGAAAGGCAUGGCAGGAAAGACUGCUAUGGGUAUGAAGGUGAUGAUGUAA